AUGGCGGGCCAGGUAGUCGCCGCCGCCGCCGUGCGGGACCAGGCCGCGCUCUGCCUGCUCCUCCUCCGCCACCUUGGAGGCCUCGACAACGGAAUGCCCACCACCAACCUCGCCUUCUCGCCGAUCUCCUUCCACUCCACGCUCUCCCUGCUGGCCGCCGGCGCUUCGGGCGCCACGCGCGACCAGAUCGCCCAAUUCCUCGGCCCCGCGGGCGCGGAGGCACACGCCACGUUGGCCUCGAAGGUCGCGUCCGUCGUCCUCGCCGGCCGCGACGGCGGAGGCGGCGGGGACGAGGAGUCCAAGGUCCGGUCCGCCACCGGCGUCUGGGUCGACGCCUCGCUUCGCCUCAGCCGUGCCUUCGCGGACACGGCCGCCGCCGUCCACAAGGCCGAGGCGCGAUCGGUGAACUUCCGCGGCAAUCCCAGGGGGGCGACGGCCGAGAUCAACGAGUGGUUCGACCGCACCACCGGCGGCCUCAUCAAGAACAUGCUCUCGGAGGGCGACUGCCACGCCUCCACGGCGGUCGUCGUCGGCAACUCGGUCUACUUCGACGGCUACUGGAGCGACCCCUUCGUCCCGGAGCGCACCGAGGAAGGCCCGUUCUACGUCGUCGACGCGUCGCGGGAACACGCCGUCAUCGGCGUCCACCCCGCCGCCGGUUUCAAGGUCCUGCGUAUGCCCUACCGUGGCGGCGACGGCGGCGGCGGCAGGACGGAGUUCGCCAUGUACAUCUACCUCCCGGACGACCGCGACGGCCUGCCAGCCCUCGUGCGAGCGAUCAGCGCCAGCCCGGACACGCUCCUGGGCAGGUCCGCCGUGCCGGAGCAGCCCGUCCUCAAGGUGGGCGAGCUCAAGAUCCCCAAGUUCGAGGUGUCGCUGACGGUGGAUGCGUCGAAGAUGCUACAGAGCCUCGGGCUGGACCUGCCCUUCCGUUCCUCCGGCGACUCGUUCUCGGAGAUGCUGACCCCGCCGGCGCCGCCGGUGGCCUUGUCGUCCGUGCUGCACCAGUGUGUCGUCAAAGUGAAGGAGAGCGGGACCAUGGCCGCCGCUGGCACCGUGGCCAUGAUGUUCGGGGCUUCCCUGUCCCGUGAUCCGGCUGUGGACUUCGUCGCCGAUCACCCAUUCGCCUUCUUCCUCAUGGAGGAUGUCAGUGGCGUGGUGGUUUUCGCCGGACAUGUCAUCAAUCCUCUGCUUGCGCCACAUACAUGA